AUGACACCGACGUCUCCACUACUCACCAUCGAGGCGUGUAAGGUACGAAGAAAAACGAUUAAGGCUCAAAUUACCAGAUUCAAGAAUUUCGUGGAAUCGGAGGAAAAUUCGCAGUCCUUUGACCGCUUAGAAGUCCGCAUGGAGGGGAUGCAGAAAUAUUUUAAAGAAUUCCACGAAGUACAAACCAUGUUAGAAUUACAACAACCGGAAGAAGAUCACGAAUCGGUCCGAAUGGAAAUCGAAAACAAUUAUUAUGACGCGACGGCUCGCGCGAGAGCACUCAUACGUGCAUGCAACCCGCCAACUACACAGCGGUCUACAGAAAGUCGCGAGAGUCCAAACCCUUUUAGUUUUCGGGGUCAGGAACAUAGACAUAAAAGGCUUCCUCAACUCAACCCACCGACAUUUGACGGGCAGUUAGAAUCGUGGGCGACUUUCAAAACGCGAUUCAUGUCCAUGAUUAAUCGAAACGAUGAUUUAUCAGACUCGGAAAAGCUAGAGUACCUACAGUCGGCUUUAACGGGCAAGGCAGCCAAGGUACUUAACUCCUUAGAGGCUACGGAAGCCAACUAUCGUGAUGCAUGGGAUUUAUUAAUUUCAAAAUAUGACAAUACUCGGAAAACAAUUUUGCGACAUUGGAAUAUAUUAGAGAAUCUCGAGCCUCUGAAAAAUGAAAAUGCGGAUGCAAUAGAAGACCUCGUAGACACCAUUCAACAGCAUCUUCGAUCCCUCAAGGGACUCAACCAAGAAGUCGACAAAUGGGAUUGUGUGAUACUCUCUCUCAUCAUGAGAAAAAUUAGUAAACCCUUAACGCGGCAAUGGGAGUUAACGUUGGAGGACAAUAAACUUCCGUCGUAUCUAUCAUUGAUACAAUUUCUAAUUAAGCACGCGAAUUGUUCCGAACCAAAACCAACCCAAACAACGCCGGGCAGGCAAGGGCAAAAAACAUUACUCGCGGGUGGCAAGUUGUCAACCGCAGGCAGCAAGAGUACGCAUCAGACCUUUUCCACCACCACCAACGAGGCAUGGAAAUGUUCGGUGUGUCAAGAGAAGCAUGCAAUAUAUCAGUGCACGAAAUUCCUCGAUCUUUCGAUUGAAGAUCACAUCAAGGCAGCGUCACGCGAAUCAUUGUGCCUCAAUUGUUUGCGAGGAACACAUAAAACAAGGGAGACCGAAGCAGGUAUGAGCUUCGUCGUCAAUACCGCGGUCCGUAAACUUAUGGUGACUGCAAUGGUCAACGCGACCGAUCGUCAUAAAGCACACGUACCUUGCCGAGCUCUCAUCGACACAUGCUCUACCGCUAACUUCGUCACCGAAGACUUCGCUGCUACGUUACGAUUACCACGAAAACGAUGCAACCUAUCGGUCGGGACCCUUAACGGCCUUGCCACACAGAGCCAAGGACGUGUCACGAUCAUGAUAAGUUCACGUUACAACAAUUACAGCAGGACAUUGGAUUUCCUUACUGUAUCCCGCAUUGCGUCACUCGUGCCUGAUACGCAAAUCGAGCGGGAAUUAAUACCAAUCCCUCCAAAUAUCAAUCUGGCCGAUCCCGGCUUUCAUAAACCGGCACCCGUUCAAAUGCUCAUUAGCGCAGGGCCGGCAUUAACUCUCCUGUCAAUCGGGCAGAUCAAUUUAUCCUCACCUGGCGGGCCAGAUCUUCACUUACAAAAAACGCAACUUGGAUGGGUCAUUGGGGGUAAUGUGGCUCCUGCCAUUAAACCUCAACCGGAUUUUAGAUGUUAUCUAUCCGAAAUUCCACCAGACAUCUCUGCGUUUUGGGAAAUCGACGAAGGUCCUUCCAACGAACAUUUAUCUAAGGAGGAACAAGCCUGCGAAGAUCAUUUCUCGGCCACUGUGAGCCGAAACGAGGAAGGCCGAUACAUCGUCGCAUUGCCGUUUAAGGCCAAUAACAAGCUUCUCGGGAAGUCACGCGAAAUCGCUCUAAAACGUUUCUAUAGUUUAGAACGAACAUUCAAGAACAACCCAGAAUUGCGCAAAAAUUACGCCGCGAUCAUUCGCGAGUAUUCAAACUUGGGGUUCCUGUCAAGGGUUUAUGAUGCCCGGGAAGAAGGGUUUUACCUGCCCCACCACGCAGUCGUCAAGGCAACAAGCCUUACGACAAAAACUCGAAUCGUCUUCGAUGGAUCAGCUGCGUCCACUACGGGUGUCUCUCUUAACCAGACAUUAAUGGUUGGCCCGACAAUCCAAGCUGAUCUUUUUACAAUCUUAUUGCGCUUUCGGACCCACAACUAUGUAUUGACAGGUGAUAUUGAAAAGAUGUACCUUCAAGUACAAGUGCGGCCCGAAGACCGUAAAUAUCAAAGAAUUCUGUGGCGUGACGAGCAAGGUCAAAUAAACACUUAUGAGCUGAACACAGUCACCUUUGGCCUAUCAGCCUCUCCGUUUCUGGCCAUACGAAGCUUGCAUCAACUCGCAAUGGACGAAGCGGAACAAUUUCCCUUGGCAGCAGACAUCCUCCGACGGGACUUAUACGUCGACGACCUGCUCACGGGAGCUCCGACCCUCGAAGAAGCGACCAGAAUUAGAGACGAAAUUAUUGCUCUAUUGCAUCGAGGCAAAUUCAACUUGCGACAGUGCGCGUCCAAUUCGACUGAACUCCUGUGCGGUCUGACGGAUCAGUCGAUCAAUUUACAACUACAAUCCAGCGAUGACAAAACAUUGAAGACUUUAGGUAUUUAUUGGAACUCACAGCAAGACGCCAUCAUUUACACUGUGAAGAAAAUGGCGAUUCCCAAUAAGACUACAAAAAGAAUUAUUCUUUCCGAAGUCGCGAAAAUCUUCGAUCCUCUGGGACUGCUCCAACCUGUCAUUGUUACGGCUAAACUUAUCAUGCAGCAAUUAUGGAAACUGGAGCUGGCUUGGGAUGAAACGCUACCCGCCAAUAUUCACACUGCAUGGGUCGAUUUCUCGUCACAUCUUUCCGAGUUACACAACCUGACAUUCAGGCGGAAAAUAUUAUCCAGCAAUUCCGAACAAAUACAACUCCAUGGCUUUUGCGAUGCUAGCGAAAAGGCAUAUGGAGCUUGUAUAUAUUUGCGAUCAACAAACUCUUCAGGAGAAGUGUACUCUCAACUUGUCUGCGCGAAAUCAAGAGUCGCUCCAAUGAAAAAGGUACAAACGAUACCCCGUCUCGAACUUUGCGCGGCUAAGCUGCUAACAACCCUCUAUAAAACCGUUAUGGAGGCGCUCAAUGUACGAAUGGAUCGGUCGAUAUUCUGGACUGAUUCUACGAUUGUACAGCACUGGAUCAAUACAUCCCCCCAUAAAUUGAAAACAUUUGUCGCGAAUCGAAUUGCCGAAAUACGACAAGCUACAAAUCCGGACGAUUGGAGACACGUGCGAUCGCACGAGAACCCUGCCGAUCAAUUAUCCAGGGGUCAAUCGCCGGAAGAAUUUUUACGAAACAAUCUCUGGAGAACGGGUCCAUCCUGGUUAAAGGAAGAAGAAAGCACAUGGCCGAACUUCAAGAUUCAAAUUCCAACACUGGACGAGGAAAUGAGAAAGGACUCGUGCUUCACCGUUGCUGUCAACAACCACGAAAUUCUCGAGCGAUAUUCUUCGAUUGGCAAGUUACGACGGAUACUAUCGUAUUGUUUACGAAUGAAAAAGGAUAAUCAAUUUAAGGGCAUUCCUACCGUUCAAGAGAUCCGACAAACUAAUCAACGGAUAAUCAAAUUGGUUCAAUCUAGCAGCUUCAUGCAAGAAAUCCACGAUCUACAGAACGGAAAACCCCUCAACUCGAAAAGCGUCCAGUCUACUUUAUACAGCCUGAGACAACGUUACUGGGUAAUUGACGGACGAAAUCAGGUUCGCAAAAUGAUACUUCGAUGUGUAAAAUGUAUGCGAGCAAAGCCACCAACCAUAAACUAUAUUAUGGGGCAACUACCGAAAGGCCGGGUUACAGAAGCACGACCAUUCAGCAACGUUGGGGUGGAUUAUUGCGGUCCAUUCUACAUGAAGGAAAAACGAUUCCGUAAUCGAGCCCGAGUCAAAAUAUACGUCGCGGUUUUCGUGUGUCUCGUAGUCAAGGCUGUUCAUCUCGAAGUCGUCAGCGACAUGACUUCUGAAGGCUUCAUCGCUGCUCUUCGCCGUUUUGUAGCUCGACGUGGAAAACCUUCGAUCAUCAGCUCGGACAACGGGUCGAACUUUGUGGAAGCAAAAACCGAAAUCGAAGACAUUCAGAGGUUACUUGGUUCAAACGAACAUAACACCAAGGUGCAUGACUUCUUAUUGGAAAAGGAGAUCAAGUGGAAAUUUAUCCCUCCGUCAUCACCACACUUCGGUGGCAUCUGGGAAGCAGCGGUCAAAUCCUUUAAGCACCAUCUGAGACGGAUCCUCGGAAAUGUUCUUCUCUGCUUUAAAGAUUUCAACACUCUCGUAGUUGAGAUCGAGAGUAUUCUAAACUCGAGACCGUUAACCCCUUUAUCCUCGGAUCCUAACGACCCCUUAGCUCUUACUCCUGGUCACUUCCUGAUUGGCGAACCCAUGACUAGCCUGCCUGAGAUUGAUUUUAGCACAACACCAUCCAACCGUCUAUCCACCUGGAAACACGUACAGAAACUCAGGCGAGAUUUCUGGUCAAGAUGGCAUAAGGAAUAUGUCAAUGAGCUCAAUGUUCGACAUAAAUGGAACAGGGGAGACCACACCGUCGACGUUGGAUCCGUUGUCGUCAUUAAAAACGAUAAUCUUCCACCAUUACAAUGGCACUUGGGUCGCGUCACCGCAGCACAUCCGGGAGCAGACGGCAUCAUCCGGACCGUCCAGGUCAAAACGGCGACUGGGACCUUUGAUCGAAGCAUUAAAAAAUUGGCACCACUGCCCAUUGAGAAUAUUGAAAGGACAAUCGCGUCUACGAGCAGUGAAAACUCUAAAACGAUUAUGUAA